GGACUGGGUGAUUUCUCCGGUGUAACAGUGUUGGAGGUUCCCCGAACCACUUCCGGUGCUGACGAUGGCGACCGAGGAGGAGAACAUCUUGUACGACCUGCUGGUGCACUGCGAAUGGUUACAGGAAAGCGAGGCACUGCCCAGAAACAAUCAGGAACGUGGAUCUGUUAUUGCAAAGACUAUUUCUGCUCCCUUCAAGUUUAUACUUCAAUAUGUUGGAUACAGCUCUUCCAGGUCUUUGCUCUCUCCUAGUUUUUUCCAGCUGGUUACAAAACAGAUCACCUGGCAGCUUGUUGUAACCAGCAAUGGAAAGUUGCUUGCUGUAGUUCAAGACCAAUGCAUUGAAAUCAGAUCUGCAAAAGAUGAAUUUGGCUCUGUCAUUGGAAAAUGUAUAGUUCCAAAGGAUCCUUACCCUCAGUGGCGUCGUGUGGCAUGGAGUCACGAUUGUACAUUGCUGGCUUAUGCUGAGAGCUCGGGCACAGUGAGGGUGUUUGACUUGAUGGGCAGUGAACUCUUCGUAAUUUCACCGUCUACUAGCUUUGCAGGCGACCUCAGUCAUGCUGUGGCAGGGUUGAUCUUCCUGGAGUCCACUGAUUCUGCUCAAUACUCAGCAGAACUUCUGGUAGUCAACUAUCGUGGUCAGCUGAAGAGCUAUUUGGUCAGUGUUGGAACCAAUCAAACUUUCCAAGAAAAACACAGCUUCAACUUUAACAACUAUUAUUCUCAUGGUGUAAUUACAGUGAUCUACCAUUCUGGUCACAGACUAUUGUUAGUUGGGGGCUAUGAAACCCAUGAAGAAGGACUCUCAAAAGCCACCAGUUAUGGAAUAACUUCCUGGCGGGUUCUUUCCGGUGCACCUUACUAUAAACAGGUCACCAACUAUGAAGAGGAUGUUGGUGCUUCACAAAGAAGCUUAUUACGGAUGCUUAGUGUUCGACCCUUCUGGCGACGGCAGCCGGAGCAGGAUGGUGUUUUCAAAAUGAGUUUAUCGCCUGAUGGAACACUCCUGGCAGCCAUCCAUCUCUCUGGGCAACUGACUUUAUGGGAAAUUCCUUCUUUAAGGCAACAGAAAGAAUGGAAACAGGAAAUGCAGGAUGGAUUUGAUGCCAUUAAUCCCGACUGGUCAAAAUCAGUGGAAAAGAGGAAAAAAAUGAAGGACAGAUCAUCAUUUUAUCCGCUCAAUGAUGUGAACUGGUGGGCCAAUAAUUCUGUUAUUCUGGCCCGCUGUUCUGGUGCUCUCACUGUUUCUUCUGUGAAAACAUUGAAAAACCUGCUUGGACAGUCGUGUGAAUGGUUUGAACCUUCACCUCAAGUUACUGCAGCCCAUGACGGAAGCUUUAUGAGCUUAGAGUGUGAAGUUAAACUGGCUCACAAGAGAUAUCGUUUGGAGAAUAAUUCAGUAGAUGAUAAUGGUGAUGAAGAUUCUGACUCAGAUGAUGAAUCCUCUGCCAAAGCUCGAUACUUUGGCUAUGUAAAACAGGGCCUGUAUUACCUCACAGAAAUGGAGCGAUUUGCACCACCUCGAAAACGACCACGAACGAUCACAAAAACCUAUAGGCUUGUAAGCUUGAGGUCCACAACUCCAGAGGAGCUUUAUCAAAGAAAGAUUGACAAUGAAGAAUAUGGUGAAGCACUGAGUCUUGCACAAGCCUAUGACCUUGACAGUGAUCUAGUAUAUCAAAGACAAUGGAGAAAAUCACCUGUUAAUAUCGCUUCUAUUCAGGAUUACCUGAGUAAAAUUAAGAAACGUUCCUGGGUCCUACAUGAAUGUGUGGAGAGAGUACCUGAAAAUGUUGAUGCAGCCAGAGAGUUGCUUCAAUAUGGACUGAAAGGCACUGACUUGGAGGCACUUAUUGCUAUAGGGAAAAGAGAAGAUAGAGGCAGAUUCAUUUUGCCUGGGAAUCUGGACUUUGAUGAAGUUCCCUAUGAGGAUUUCAUGUCACCAAUUGAAGAAGUGCAGAGAAGGAAAGAGCGGGAGGCUGCAAAGAGGCAGGAGCUGCUCCAGCUUGUGGACUUUUCCAUGUUGACACUUGAACAGAAAGAACUUUGUCGUUGUAGACUAAAGCUAUUAACCUACUUAAAUCGUCUAGCAACUUAUGAGGAAAUCCUUGGAGGGCUUCAUGCUGCAGAGCAAAGAUAUGACUCAGAAUUCUUCAAAAAAUUUAGGAGUCAGAACAUUGUAUUAUCAGCAAGAACAUAUGCGAGGGAGAGCAAUGUCCGUGCUUUGGAGAUUCUUUUCACCUACCAUGGUUCAGAUCUAUUGCCUCAUCGGCUGGCUAUUCUUUCAAACUUUCCUGAGACAACAACUCCUCAUGAAUAUUCUUUUCUUCUGCCAGAAGCAAGAUUUGUUGAUGAUUGUAAUGACUUGGUGGCAUUGCCGUGGAAUGAACAAAGACAUCAAGAUCUAGACUGGUGUGAGGAACCAAACAUAAGAAUGAUAAUAGAUUGCAAUCCACAAGACGUGGCUGAGUUUUUUUAUGAAGAGCAGCCUGAACUGUUGGAAUAUAGAGCUGCUGUUCCCUCUAUUGAUAUACUCACUCGAUGGUAUCUGAAACGUGCAGAGGAGAUUGAGAGUUAUUCUAGGCAGGUGGAUUGUGCCCUAUCUCUGAUACGACUUGGCAAGGAAAGGAAUAUUGCAGGUUUAGAGGCUCUCUGUGACGAUCUGGUUACUCUGGAAACACUUGUGUAUGAAGCAGGGGCUGAUCCAACUCUUUCUUUGAAGGACAUGCAACAGAUGAAUGACAUUGAUAAACUGAGGCAACUGUUGAUAAAUUCAUCUGAAGAAAUGUAUAUAAAAAAUGUGUACCAGUGGGUGGUUCCCUUCCUGCACCGUUGUGAAAGUAAAAAGGCGGGAUUUGCAGACAAAUUGCUGAAAGAAUAUUUAGUGACAGAGGCAAAAGAGGACUUGAAAUACCCUUUGAAGAUAUUUCAGCAAUCAAAACCUGAUUGUCAGCAGAAAAUUAUUCCUGAUCAACAACAGUUGAUGGCAGUAGCCCUAGAAUGUAUCUAUAAAUGUGAGCGAAAUGAUCAGCUAGCUCUCUGUUAUGAUGUACUUGAGUGUUUACCACAGAGGGGUUUUGGUCAAGAAACAGAAGUGACUAAUGCUUUGCAUGAUCAGAUUGACUUGUUGGAACAACAUCUAAGUGUGGCAGAAAUUUUGGAAAAGUAUGGUCUGCAGAAACCAAUCUCAUUUGUAAAAAAUACCCAGUCAAAUCCAGAGGAAGCACGUUUACUUAUGGUGCGGUUAACAAGACAUGUUGGGCGCAAGAACCCACCUGUAAGUGAGACUGAAUGGAGAGGCUUGCUGCAUGACCUGUUGCAAAUGCAAAUGACAGUCUACAAAUGCCUGGACUUGGAUGCCUGUUAUGGGAUAUUUACCGAGAGCCUAUUGUGUUCCAGUCGUUUGGAGAAUAUCCGCUUAGCUGGACAAAUGAUGCAUUGCAGCAGUGUGUCUGUUGACCCUCCCAUUAAUGCUGCUUACAGAAGCAAGAUACAAUCCAAGGUUAACUAUGAGAAAAGCCUCAAAUUGGUUCUUGCUGCUGCCAGAGAGUAUUUUGAUUCAUCGGCCACUUUGACUGAUAGUUGCAUGGAUUUAGCCAGAUGCUGCUUACAGCUUAUCACUGACUGCCCUGCAGUCAUUCAAGAAGAGUUGGACUUCAUCAGUGCUCUCAGUCUGCUGGAGGAAUAUAGUGUGAAGAUUUUGCCGAUGCAAGUGCGUUUGUGCUCAGAAAGACUCAAGCUCAUAAAAGAGUGUAUUUCUCAGUGUCCAACAGCUUACAAGCAGUCAAAAAAGCUCCUGAGGCUUGCAGAUUUGUUGAGAGUAGGAGGGCAUGAUAAAGCAGAGCGGAAAGGGCAAGUAUUGGUUCUUCUGGCUGAGCAGGCCCUUGGUUACCAAGAUUUUAAAGUUGCCAGUAUCCACUGCCGAGAACUUAUGUCUGCAGGGUACAGUGCUGGUUGGCAGGUGUGCAGCAAACUGGGGGAGUCAGAUGGCUAUUAUGACCUUGCCAUGCGUCAGGAAUUAAUGGCCUUUGCACGCACUUACUGUCCUCCCAAUGUUAUCCAGUCGCUCUUGGCUGUCAGCAGCUCACUUCAGUCACAGAUUUUGUAUCAGGCUGUGAAUUACCAGAUUCAACCAUCAGAUAGCACUGAGUUUGUGAACUUGACAGGCCAUGAUCAGCAGAUGAAGACGAAAACUUCAACUAAUUCAUCGACUGAUCUCUUGCAACGAACAACUGCUAAAACAAUGGAGGUUCUCAGCAAUACUUCUGUGACAACAAAGGCAGUUCUGCAUGCUGUCAGUGAUGCACAGUGGUGGAAGAAGUCCCUCAGUUACCUGCGACCUUUGCAUGAUGUGUCACACACAGCUAUGUUGCAGAGGACAACUGGUUUAAAUGGAGACUUGGAAAAGCAAGGUUGUCAUCCUUUCUAUGAUAUCGUUAUUGAUGAUUCCUUCAUUGACAAAAAUGAGGUAAAUUAUGCGUGUUACCAGCACAAUGCUCCAGUGAACUUUGCUGAAGUUUUGCUGAGAGCUGGCAAAUUGUCUGAAACCAGGAGUGAAGGGGGAAAUCUUUUUCCUGCCACUGAAGUCCUUUUGCAACUGGCCAGUGAUGCUUUACCGAAGGAUAUGACCUUAGCUCUAGCGUAUCUUCUGGCUUUGCCUCAGGUUGUAGAUGCUACCAAGUGUUUUGAGAAGCUGCCUCAUUCAGCUUUAUCUCUACAAUUUGCUGGCUAUUAUUACGCUUUACAGAUUUAUGUCCGCAUAAGUCCAUGCUUUAAGGACAAGUGUCAUCCAUUAUACAAGGCUGAUCCCAAAGAGGUGAUUAAAAUGGUCACAAGGCAUGUGACUGAAAAUGCAGACAACAGUUGGUCAGAAGAAGUACAGACAUUAAUUCAUCAUUUUAACUACUACAAUCAAUUGUUGACUGAUUUCACACAAGCUCAAACACUUAAAGGACUCGGCAAAGGUGUGGAUGUGCAGCGAUUUGCAACAGAUAGCCAAUACAAAAGGGAGACAAUUCUAGGUUUAGCAGAAACAUUGGAAGAAAAUGUGUAUAAGAUCUCUCUAUCAUUGGCUCAGCGUUACAAUAUCCCCCUCUGGGAACUUUACAUGACACAUUUGGAAUUCCUUUUCACAGAUAGUGGGCUUUCAACUACAGAAAUUGAAAGUCGAGUCUUGACUCUUAACCUUUUUGAUGUAUUGAAAAGCAAGCCAGAAGCAUUUCAUGAGCACAUGACAAAGUAUGUUUACCCGGGGAUUGAUGGUAUGGAUCACAUCCGAUUGCUUUAUUAUUUCACUCUACUGGAAAGUUGUGGCUGUGCUGAAUUGAUGAAACAACCCAUCAAACCAGACACUCAUGUAAAGUUGCUGAAAAAACUCAAGGUCAUUGCUCCAGACCUUAAUUAUAAGAAGCUGACAGAUGGAAACACUGAUCCUUUGGAAUCAUUAGAACCGGUUCUCACUAGCCAGAAUGUCUUAUCAAUUUCCAAACUAGCUUCCAAAAUUCCUGGGAAAGAUGCUAUAAUGCUCUCUCCAAAUCUCAUCUAUGCUACAUGGCUUUGUAAGCUUUUUUGGAUUGGAGAUUUCCAGCUUAUUAAAACACCACCACAGACAGUAACCGAAUGGUUGCAUGCAUAUGAUACAUGUGCAAAGUACUUUGACAGGCUUUCUCCUGCGAAUAUUAUUGAAUUUGUGGAUGACAUCACCUUCUCUGCUAAUGCUGUAAACAAGCUGAAUGUUGAAACUAGGUUGGAGAUUACUAAAAGAGCGAUGAUAACAAUCAAACAGAUCAGUGAGAAGCGGCAGAAAAAGUCUUUGGAAGGCAACAUCCCACCUGCAUUUAAUUCCCAGGGCAGCAAUGAAGAGGCUUUGACUCAUCUACAGCAAUCGCUAGCUCAUCUAGAAACGCUCAACCACAGUUUUGUACACUCCCUGAAGGCCAGCAACCAGAGCUUAUUCCAAAAGUACUAUCAUUUGUAUGACCUUUCAAGAUCUGAGAGCACUAAGCUGUAUGAUCUGGCAGUUACUAUGGUUCUUGAUGGACAGUCUCUUGAUAUGAUGCAGCAGUUGUUGCUGGUUGCCGUGGAGUCUCAAGAUAUAUCACCGAAAGCUGUUGUACAAGAUGCUGUGCAGAAGGUUAUAAAUUUGCUAAGCACAAGUGUUCCAUCAGAAAAGGAUCCACUUCAGGUUCUUGAAGGUAUUGUCAAAUCUGUGCACUCCAGUGUUUUAAAUGGGGACAACCUCGUGUUUUCAGAUGACCUCUUAGCAUGGCUGAGACCUUUCUGUGGCGAUGCAGAUUUGCCUGUAAAACCCCGAAUUGAUGUUUUGCAAAUUCUUGAACAGGCAUUUCCGCUUAAUGAUGAGGAUAGCAAGCUGCUUGUGCUCUUCAGAACACAGGCUGUUCUGAAGGCAUGCUGGCCAGAUAGACAGGUUAACAUGAGUGAUAUUGAAAGUGAAGGAAACCGUUUUCAGCUCUUCAUGGAAUUGCUCGAAGCCAGUAACGAAGGGACUGAAUUUCAGCAUUUAGUUUUGCUUCUUCAGGCUUGGCCACCCAUGGACAGCAAAGGCAUAUUAAGUGAGAAGGAUAAUGCUUGGAUUAAGCUCGUCACUGCCAUGUUGGGAAAAUGCAAUCCUGAACACAAAAUUACCAUUGGUAAUGAAAUACUUGGCAUCUGCCGGUCUCUUUACUUGACAAAGCACAAACUACCAGUUCAGUAUGUGAAACAAAUAUAUAUUCUGCUUCUGGAUGAAUCCAUCCUACUGUCAGCAUUGAAACUUGGAAUAGAAACUGAUAGCGAUGAGCUGCAGACACUGGCAAUGGAACGGUUAAGAUCCGUCCCUCAGAUUGAUGCUUCCAGUUGUGAUUCCGAAUUGCUUUCCCUGCUGCUAGACAAGAAAUUGGUGGUUGAUUGCAUCUCUACUGUUUUCUACCCUCACCUUAUAAAACAUCUUUUGGCCAAUCACAAGGAGGGACAGUGGAGUGUUGAUGAUAUCGCAGAACAGUUGAAUCAAGCAGGUUAUGCUGCAGAAGGUGGAUCUCUAAUUAUGUCCCACAGAGCUGUACAUCCAUCCUUAUGUACAUUUAGCGCUGCAUUAAAUGUUGCAAAGAGGUGGUUAUGAAAGUAUUUUGCCACCACAAAGUAUAUUUAAUUAAGUUCCUCAAAAGUGAAGUUGCAUAGAGGGCACAGAUGGACCUUUAAGUUUCAGCUGGAUACUGGGUAGAAACUGACAUGUCUGUAACUGCUGCCUGGAGAUUAUCUUCUGGAAUUUGAUCCACAAAAUCAGUGUGAUUGUCUCAGCAAUCUUUCAAUUGUGCAUUUUUCUUGAAUUCAGAAACCUAUCAAUUAAUAACAAUUAACAAGUGCUUAUUAAUAUUAUCACCGGGUACGGUGCACUUCCAGGAUUGUAGAUGUGAGAUACUGUAUUAAAAUUUUCAAACAAAAUUGCU